AUGAAGAUAUCAAGAUUAACAAUAUUGACUAGAAUUAAUGAGUGUAUAUCUAAUUAUAAAUCUUUCCUAACUUUUAAUUGGGUAAAGUCAUAUCUCGAUGAAAGUAACUUAAUAUCAAAAAAAACUUUACCUAGUAUGAAUGGUUUGGAGUGGUUUGAAGAAGAAAUUGAAAGAGCCAGUAAUAAACUAUUUAUGAAUAUCAAUAAAUCUAAAAGAUCUAUUUGGAUUCAAUUAUUAUUAGCAAACAAGAAUACUAUUAUAUUAGUUAUAUUUCUUAAGAUUCUAAAUUUAUUGAUAUCUUCUAUAGUUUCUUUUUUAUUAAGUGAAUAUUUUAGAGUGAGUGGAUCAAUGAAAUCUAUUAAGUUAGGAUGUUAUGCUAUAUUUGCAUAUAUAUUAAAGCUAAUUACAGAAUCACAAAGUCGUUAUUAUAGUGCUAAUCUAGGAAUUAUAAUUGAAUCAUCUUUAAUUAAACUAGCUUAUCAUCGUAUUCUUAACAUAAUGGGAAAUGAUACAAUAAUAAGAUCUAAUAAUUCGAACUGUAUAUUACCAAAAGAUAAGAAUUUAAAUACAUUAAAUAUUAUAUUAGCAGAUUGUGCAAGUUGUCCAAAUUUUUUGACUUCUUUAUUAGAUAUUUUUGUACUUCCAAUAAGAGUAUUGUUUACUUGGAUACUAUUGAAACAACAAGUUGGAUCUGCAGCAACAACUGCUAUUUUUACAUUUUUACUUAUGUUUAUAUUUAGUUUUAUUUUUCAAAUACUUGGUGUAUUAAUGAAGGCUCCAUUUAUGAAAUAUAGAGAUCGUAGGUUAGAAAGAUCACAUGAAGUUUUAAGACAAGUUAGUUUUGUACAAUUGUUGGAUUUGAAUAAGAUAGAAUAUAAUAAAAUAUUGGAACUUAGGAGAAGAGAAGCUUUUUACAAUGGUUUAAGGGUUGUAAUUUCUCAGAUAGGAAGUUUUUUAGAUUAUCAUACAGAAAGUGUAACUCAACUAGUUCUAUUUUUAAAUUAUGUUUAUAAAAUAAUUCCAACUUCAAAUAAUUCCAAUUUGUCUUUAAAAAGCUUUUCACCUAAGGGAAUAGCAAUUUUGCAAAUUUUAUAUUCAAUGAUUUCAAUUCGUGGUAUUUUAUCUUUAUUAAUUGAUGGGUUCAUUUCAAUGAAGAGAUUCCAAUCAUUUCUCAAUAAGACAGAUAAUAGUCAGAAUAAAGGUAAUAAAUAUGAUUCACUUUCAAAUACAUUAAGUUUUGAAUCUCGCUCAAUAUAUUCUAUAUUUAACUCACUUCCAUAUUCACAUAUUAAUGAAAUAUUGGUUAAUGUGCAGAAUGUAUCUCUUUUUCGGGAUUCUGUAGAAAACUUUCCCCCAAUAAUUAAUAAUAUUAAUCUCAAAAUCUAUAAAGGUAACAAAGUUUUUAUUUUAGGAGACUCUGGAUCAGGUAAGACAACUUUUAUUCAUGCUGUUCUAAAUACUUGUAGGGUCACUUUAACUGGAAAUAUUUUUGUAUAUCAUCUAAAAUACAAGUUACCUAUUGGAUAUGUAUCUCAAAAUCCUUGGAUACCUAGUGGAACAAUUCGUUCAAUUAUUAUAUUUGGAGUACCUUAUAAUGCUAGACAGUAUUUCAGAGUCAUUGAAUGUUGCAAACUUUCUACUGACUUUAAUCAAUGGGCUGAUGGAGAUAUGAAGGUAAUUGAUGAAGGAGGAAGUACUUUAAGUGGUGGACAGAAGGCUAGAAUUUGUUUAGCAAGAGUUUUAUAUUCUUUUCUUGACUGUAUUGAAAUUUGGGAAAAUAAUAAAGGGGAAUUAAAAGACUAUUCAGGCUCUGAAGAAUUAAGUAGUCUAAAAUUUUCUGCCCCUCUUUUGUUCAUAUUAGAUGAUAUUUUUUCCAGCUUAGACCCUAUUAUAUCUAGAGAUAUUUUUGAAAAUUUGUUUGGGACUAAUGGGUUGUUAAAAAAUUCUACGGUGAUCACUACUCUUGAUCCAGAAAUUUUAAGUAACUCAUUUAAAAAUAUUUUAGAAGGGUUAAAUGUUACAUUGAAUAAAGAUAUAGAUAAUAAUCUGAAUUCUGAUAAAAACAAUAGUGAAUAUAUAUUUUAUAAACUUGAAAAUAGGGAAUUUCAUAAAAUUUAUAAUAUAGAGACAAUAUUUAAUCUGAAUAAUAAAAUUAUAAAGAAUUAUUCUAUAAAAUUAGAAGAUAAAUAUUCCACUGAUUUAAUUAGUCAGUCAGAUACUGGCAUACUUGAAAAUUCUACUAACUCUUGCGUUCCAGAAAAUUUAAAUUUAAAUACAUGCAAUAAUUUAGAAAUUAAAUCUAGAAGUAUCUCAAGUAUGGUUGAUAAAGUUUCAACAAAAGGCUAUGUUUCUAGAUCAUCUUACAAAUGGUAUUUGAACAAUAUUGGAUAUAUAUUUACUAUUAUUAUUUUUUUAUUAGCAAUUUUAAAAUCUGCAAUUACUAAAUUUAGUGAUUAUCUCCUUUCUCAAUAUCCACAAAAUCCUAUAUUAUUAGAAACUCACUUAUUUACAUAUACAAUAGUUUCUAUAGUAGGUUUAAUAGUAAGUGGUCUUUUAUAUAUUAUGGAAGCUUUUGGAGGUCUAUAUAUUGCUCAUAAAAUUCAUUUAAAACUUUUGAAAAGUGCUUUUGAAGGUCCAACAGAGUUGUUUCCAUUAUCUAAUACUUUAAGUCGUUUAGGUGGUGAUUUAUUAGUUGUGGAUACUUGUAUUAUUAAAUCGAUAAUUACAGUACUAUUACCAGGCUUAGAAAUUUGUACAAAACUAUCUAUAAUUAUUUACAAAUUUCCAUAUUUUUUAUUAAUUGCAUUUAUAUGGAUAUAUUAUGUUUUAACUCCAAUUUGCUUAAAAUUUAUUGUUUCUUAUAGGGAAUAUCAGAGAUUUGUAUUAUCUACGUCUUCAACAUUAUGUGGAUAUUUCUCUAACACUCAAGCUGGGUCUAUAACAAUUUCGAUGUUAUUCAAGGAAAACUAUCUCAUGAGUAAGGCAACUAAAUGUAUGUAUGAUCUUGCUAAAUUACAUUUAAUUCAAUUGGGAGCUUCCCAGUGGGCUGGUUUCUGGUUAAAUAUCUUCUUGACUCCAUUUGGAAUAUUGUUAAAUAUUUCUUUACUCCUUAUUAUUAAGAUUUAUCUGGUACUUAUAGGAUAUUUAAUAAUUCAAGAAGAUACAGAUACCUUGGGAUCGAAAUCUGGACUUGUUCUUUUAUGUAUAAUGUACUCGAUGACUAUAGCAGAAUCUAUAUCAGCUUUCAUGUAUAAAUUCGUCCAAAUGGAAAAGGAGAUGUGCUCUGUUGAAAGAAUAUACAAUUAUAUAUGUACUAAACAAAAUACAAGAAAAUUUCUUAAGAAACUAGCUAGUAAUAGUUCAGAACAAGGACAAAUUCCAAAUUAUUAUUACAAAUAUCCUGAAAUAGAACCUCUACUAGAGAUAAAUGAUAAAUUUAGAGAUGUUCCAAAUAAGGGACUUUUUAUUAAUAAUAUAACCGUUUUUUAUACAAAAAAAAGUGAAAAUUAUGAAUUAGAUCAGGAUAAUUGCACUUCUUUGUUGAGUGAUUUACCUAUAUUGAGAAUUACAAGGAAUUUGACAGUAUAUCCAGGUAAUAUAGUAGGAAUAAUAGGGAGAACUGGAUCUGGGAAAUCAACUUUGUUCAAUGCAAUAAUGGGGGUAGCACCAUUUAUUCAAGGGCAUAUAUAUUUAGAUGGCAAAUUAUUACAAAAGAGAAAUUCUAAGAAUAUUGGGAUUCUUCCACAAACAAGUGUUAUUUUUAAAGGAACAACAAUUAGAUCACUACUUGAUCCUUUUGAAGAAUAUCCUGACUCCUCUAUAUGGACAGCUUUGAAUAUUUGUCAACUUGAUGUACUUAUUGGAAAUUUAACUCAUGGAUUAGAUACAGUAAUUGUCCUUGAAAGUGAUUGUAUCAAUAGAUCUAGAGUUACAAAAGAAGAAUAUCAAUUCUCAUCAUCCCAGAUCAAGUAUUUGUCUUUUAUUAGAAUCCUUCUUAAUUGUCAUAAAUAUAAAGUGAUUUUAAUUGAUGAGCCUCCCUUAACUGUCAAUUUUACUGUAAAUUCUAAUAUUCAAAUCUCAGUUGGAAUUGAAUCGUUGAUUAUUCAGUGUUUUAAACAUUGUUCAGUUUUAAUUAUUACUCACAACCCUAAAGUAUUAGACUCUUGCAAUAUCAUUUGGCUUUUUAAAAAAAAGAGUUUAGAAGUUAUUCCUAAAAAGAAAGACAAUUAUUUAGAAGUAUGGGAUAAAUUAUAG